AUGGCGACCCCGGCGAACGAAUACCGGGAUCAUAUCCUCCAGAGCCAUCAGCCUAGGACCGAGCUUCGCCUCUCCAUUGGCGACGACUUCAACGAAUGGCGCGGAAAGAUCUUCUGGCUGGCGGAUUCUCUCCACAUCGCUCGCUGUCUGACCGACGCCUACCGCGGCGAGGAAGAUUUCUUCGAGCGAUCCGUCCGAGCAGCCGUGAUGAUCCUCCCGCUCAUCCACACCGACAUUCUUCGACGUGUCCCGUCUGCGCAAAUGACGGACACCCCACGGCUGCUGGAUGCUGUGAAGUCUCGGUGCCGCACCUUCCGCUUCAUGGACCUUCCUCCCGAGAUCCGCAUGCGAGUUUACUCCUUCCUGCCUGACUUUCCGAUCAAGCAUCAGACUAUCACCAUCGCCAACGUCACUGUCAAGCCGAAGAUCACGGACAAGGCCACGCCAAAGGCUGAGGAGAAGCAGCAGAUGAAGAGUACCGCUGUAUGGGAGGAUGGAGACGACGAAGUCGGCAUGAAGAUUUCCCAGGCCAUGAAGAAGUCCAACAGGCUGGACGGUGACAUAUGCAGCAACAAACGCUUCAGCAUCAAGCUUCCAAUCACGCAGGUCUGCUCGAUCAUGCGCGCCGAGGUGUCCAGGGAGCUCUUCAAGAACCGCAAUUUCCUCUUCCAAUUUGUGGAAAUUUCCGGACCUUUCGUCUCCGCCAUGCUUCAGACCUGGGCUGCGGAAGUCGCGCAGUCAUACCUGAAGGACAUUCAAGGUCUCUGCAUGACAUUCAACACCCGCGGGGUACAAGAAAUCGUCACGAUCAGCGUCGAGAAGGACAACAAGACACACUUCACUGUGGCGCGCACUGUCUACGAGGGCGCAGUCCAGGAUCGGGUCCGCUCGUUGAUCAAGCAUUUGGUGAUGGUGGAGGAGGAGUCAGGUCCAGUGGCAAGGGAUAAGGUCUUUCUUCGGGCGCUUUCCGACGACGUCGCUGUUCGGGAGGUGAUCAAUGCGGUGAGAUUGAGGUCUACCAUCAUGGCGUCCACCACAAAGUCUCCGGACAUGCUUGAUCUCUCCACCGGCAAUUUCAAUGCCUGGCGCGGCAACAUCUUCGAGCUGCUCAAGUCCAAAUCGGAUCCGGUCGCCGAGGAAGACACAGUCCCGCAGAAGAUCAGAAUCCGGAAUGCCGAUGGCAGCAUCACAGAUUCAACUCUCCACCCAGAAUCAGCUCUCCGCCCAGUCAAGCCCGGUACACCACCCAACAGAGCUAAAGGUCUCCAUCAAGUCUUGACAGAGGCCAACCGCAAAGACGACAGCUUCCGCGAGAUGUCGAUGCGGGCUGCAAGCAUCAUCUGCACACAUGUGCGCAUCGAAAUCCUUCAACGCGUGCCAGUCGAAGAUCUCGUGGACGCACCGCGCCUGCUCGCCCACCUCAAGAAGAUUGCGCAACCAUUUCGGUUCUUGGACCUGCCCACUGAACUGCGCAGCCGCGUGUACACCUUCAUUCCUGGCUUUCCGCUCCAUGGACAAUACAUCGAAGUCGUCGACAUUCUCCUGGGUGAUAUGGCGAGAGACAAUCACGAGAAGUACCUUGCUGUCAUUGACCAGAAGUGCGAUGGGUACGCGGCGUCGGAGGAAGAGGAGGCGAUGAAAAUCAAGCUCGGUGGGCGCCACAACAUCAUGCCGCCAGUCUCGCAGGUCUGCUCGACCUUGCGCACCGAUGUCGCCGCAGACAUCUUCACCAACAGCAUCGUCACCUUUGGUUUCGAGCCGAUGGCCGCCCGCCAUACCAACCUCGUCCUCAAGACUUGGUUCGCGGAGGUCGGACAACCACACUUGCAACACAUCCGCCGUGUUUGCCUGCGAUUCGGACAGAGGGAGAACUACCCCAAAGUCAUCCGCAUCGAAGCAGACGAGCAGCAUCAGCUCGCACUUUCCGAGACAGUCAGCGUGUACGACAACAUGCCCAAGAGGAAGGUGCUGGCGGAUAAGCAGAGCAGGCAGCUCAUCUUGGUGAACCAGUUGUCAGCCCCAGAGACUCGUGGCGAGGCAAUUCUGCGGAUGCUUCUCCACGAUCCUGAGCUGUGGGCGACGUGGACGCCGGUGGAGACAGUGAAGGUGACCGAGGAGGAUAGCGAGAGCAGUUCCGAGGAAGACAGUUCCGAAGAAGACGAUUCUGAGGAUGACAAUUCUGAGGAUGGCAAUUCUGAGGACGGCAAUUCCGAGGCAGACAGUUCCGAGAAAGGCGGCUCCUAG